UAUCUCAUUUAAGUUAGUUAUUUGUGCUCUGCAGUCCAAACUGAUGUUGCAAGCUGACUUCUGUGUGUCUGUGUAACUAAUUGAAGAAGUACUCUGAAAUAGACAUAUUAAUGCUAUUUGACUGUAACAUUAAUGGUAUAUGAUACAACAAAUCGUCCUUGAAGUCAUCUGAUUCUAAAUUAUAAAUAAUAAUAAUAAUGUUUUAGUGUCAUUUGGAUUUUUAAAAGCUGAUUUUAGGUCUUAGUGCAUUUGAACAAAUAUCAAUAUACAAUCAUCUUCAAUAAGCCUGUAGGCCAACUGCUGCCACUAUUGAGCAUGUCAGUGCAACACACAAAAUCAACAAUGCUAGUUUUUCCAUGAAAGUGUCAAUACAAUUGAGGUUCACACUUGCAACCUGCAACUAUCUGUGUCUGUAUAACAAAAGCUAUUUUUUUUUGGAACACUGAAUUUUGUCAACCAAAUUUUGUUUACAUGAAAUUAUGCUGACAAUUUUAUUGAAUACAAAUUGUGAGAAAAAUGUGUGUGUUUAGAAAUUCAGUUUAAAAAAGAAAAAGCUUUUUGAACAAAAAAAAUCAGUGCAGGAAAAAUUCAGUGUAAAGUAAAUUCAGUGUAAAAAAUUUCAGCAAAGAAAUAUUCAGUGCGGAAAUACUCGUUGCUUCAAAACUCAAGACCUACUUCCAGCUCGAUUGCUUCAGUCCUAAUUUACCAGUAAUGGGUCUUUUUUUUUGGAACAUUGAAUUUUGUCAACCAAAUUUUGUUUACAUGAAAUUAUGCUGACAAUUUUAUUGAAUACAAAUUGUGAGCAAAAUGUGUGUGUUAAGAAAUUCAGUAAAAAAAAAAAAUGCAGUGUGAACAAAAAAAUCAGUGCAGAAAAAUUCAGUGUAAAAUAAAUUCAGUGUAUUAAAAUUCAGUGUGAAGAUUUUCAGAAAAGAAAAAUUCAGUGCAGAAAAAUUCAGUGUAAAAUAAAUUCAGUGUAUAAAAAUUCAGUGUAAAAAUUUUCAGCAAAGAAAUAUUCAGUGCGGAAGUACUUGUUGCUUCAAAACUCAAGACCUACUUCUGGAUCGAUUGCUUCAGUCCUAAUUUACCAGAAGUGGGUCUUUUUUUUUAGGAACACUGAAUUUUGUCAACCAAAUUUUGUUUACAUGAAAUUAUGCUGACAAUUUUAUUGAAUACAAAUUGUGAGCAAAAUGUGUGUGUUAAGAAAUUCAGUUUAAAAAAAAAAAAUACAGUGUGAACAAAAAAAUCAGUGCAGGAAAAAUUCAGUGUAAAAUAAAUUCAGUGUAAAAAUUUUCAGAAAAGAUAAAUUCAGUGCAGAAAAAUUCAGUGUAAAAUAAAUUCAGUGUAUAAAAAUUCAGUGUAAAAAUUUUCAGCAAAGAAAUAUUCAGUGCGGAAGUACUCGUUGCUUCAAAACUCAAGACCUACUUCCGGAUCGAUUGCUUCAGUCCUAAUUUACCAGAAGUGGGUCUUUUUUUUUUUGGAACACUGAAUUUUGUCAACCAAAUUUUGUUUACAUGAAAUUAUUUUAUUGAAUACAAAUUGUGAGCAAAAUGUGUGUGUUAAGAAAUUCAGUUAAAAAAAAAAUGCAGUGUGAACAAAAAAAUCAGUGCAGGAAAAAUUCAGUGUAAAAUAAAUUCAGUGUAUAAAAAUUCAGUGUAAAGAUUUUCAGCAAAGAAAAAUUCAGCGCAGAAAAAUUUAGUGUAAAAUAAAUUCAGUGUAUAAAAAUUCAGUGUAAAGAUUUUCAGCAAAGAAAAAUUCAGUGCGGAAAUACUCGUUGCUUCAAAACUCAAGACCUACUUCCGGAUCGAUUGCUUCAGUCCUAAUUUACCAGAAGUGGGUCUUUUUUUUUUUGGAACACUGAAGUUUGUCAACCAAAUUUUGUUUACAUGAAAUGAUUUUAUUGAAUACAAAUUGUGAGCAAAAUGUGUGUGUUAAGAAAUUCAGUUAAAAAAAAUAAAUGCAGUGUGAACAAAAAAAUCAGUGCAGGAAAAAUUCAGUGUAAAAUAAAUUCAGUGUAUAAAAAAAUCAGUGUAAAGAUUUUCAGCAAAGAAAAAUUCAGUGCAGAAAAAUCAGUGUAAAAUUAAUUCAGUGUAUAAAAAUUCAGUGUAAAAAUUUUCAGCAAAGAAAAAUUCAGUGCGGAAAUACUCGUUGCUUCAAAACUCAAGACCUACUUCCGGAUCGAUUGCUUCAGUCCUAAUUUACCAGAAGUGGGUCUUGAGUUUUGAAACAACGCCUAUCUAUCUCUGCACUGAAUUUUUAUACAAGAUUUUUUUUACACUUAAGUUUUAGAUCUGCUCAGUGGCCUUGUGGUUAGAGUGUCCGCCCGGCCGAGUCAUACCAAAGACUAUAAAAAUGGGACUCAUUACCUCCCUGCUUGGCACUCAGCAUCAAGGGUUGGAAUUGGGGGGUUAAAUCACCAAAAAUGACCCCCGAGCGUGGCCACCGCUGCUGCUCACUGCUCCCCUCACCUCCCAGGGGGUGAACAUGGGGAUGGGGUCAAUUGCAGAGAGUAAUUUCACCACACCUAGUCUGUGUGUGACAAUAAUUGGUACUUUAACUUUAAGUUUAACUUUAAAACACCGUAUUUCAACAAACUGAAAUUUGCCCAGAGCAUUUUUAUUCAAAGAAAUUGUUAGCAUAAUUUGAUGUUAAAAAAACAUCACUUCCCAAAAUUCAAAUGCAACAAUUCAGUGUUAAAAAAAAGCUUCUGCAAUAAAGACCCAAAUUAACUUCCAUGCAACCACUUCCUGUGGAAAACAUGUAACUUAAGUGCUUCUAUUGAGUUUGAGUUUGAGUUUAUUUCGAACAUGCAAGCAUACAACAUGAUACAUCACACAUGCAUGCAUACAACAUAAUACAUCACACAUGCAUGCAUACAACAUGAUGCAUCACACAUGCAUGCAUACAACAUGAUACAUCACACAUGCAUGCAUACAACAUGAUGCAUCACACAUGCAUGCAUACAACAUGAUACAUCACACAUGCAUGCAUACAACAUGAUGCAUCACAAUUUCCAGUUUCUCUAUUCAACAUGUUUGAAAAGGAGUAGGAAGAAGCAGAGCUUAUUUAAUCCUACCCCUUUUCUUUUGCAUAACAGUUGCUAAAACUUUUGUUCACUUCCUGUUCUCAAUUUAUUCACAAUAUACUGCAUAAGUAAUCACAAUAAAAAUAAAUAAAUAAAUAAUACUCGGUGAAGUAAGUUACAUUUCAUAUGGUGAGAUGAGUAAGAUUAUUUUGAGAAUGAAUGAAUGGAUGGAUGAAAUAAAUUCAGAAUGUUUAUCAUGGUUCUUCUUCUUUGUACUUUGUAAACACUUUAAGUUUGAAGAGUUUCUUGAAGUGGAUCAUAUUAGUACAUUGUUUGAUUUCUUUGCUUAAUCCAUUCCAUCAUUUAAUUCCACAUACUGAUAUACUGAAGGUCUUAAGUGUUGUACGUGCAUACAAAUGUUUGAAAUUACAUUUUUCUCUAAGAUUAUAUUUCUCCUCUUUUUUUGAGAAGAAUUGUUGUAUAUUCUUGGGUAGCAGGUUAUAGUUUGCUUUAAGGCUGAAACGACGCGUCGACAUAGUCGACGUCAUCGGUUACGUAAAUACGUCGACGUCAUUUUUGUGCGUCGGCGCGUCGCAUAUUUACGUCACACAACUGUCAUGGCGGAGCGCAGAGCAAACGAUGCGAGCGAGGGGAAAAAAACACGCCAAAAGUCGUCAAAAGUGUGGGAGUAUUUUAAUAAACGGCCUAAUAAUGUUGUUUUAUGCACACUGUGUCGAGCGGAAAUGGCGUAUCACAGCAUCACAACGGCUAUGAACGAGCAUCUAAAAAGAAAACAUCCGACAGCGUUCUUCCCAUCACCAUCAACGAGUCAAUCAUCCGCCAAACGACAAAGCAGUGUCCAGGAUUUUUUUCCAAAGAGGCAUGGGACUGAAUGCACACCCCAAGUGGCCGCUGACCUGACUGAUGGUGUCCUGGAAAUGAUGGUCAUAGACAUGAGGCCAUUAAAUAUGGUAGAAGGGGAAGGGUUUCAAAAAAUGAUCAAACGGUUUCACUCUGGCUACACACUACCAUCAAGAACCCACUUCACUAAGCUUAUGGAGCAAAAAUACACAAAGACAAUGAAUGAAGUCAAAGCAAUCCUGAAAAAUGUGAAAGGAAAACUGACACUCACAACUGAUGCAUGGACAAGUAUGGCCACUGAAGCUUACCUUGGUGUCACCAUUCACUUUGUUAAUGAUGAGUGGGAGCUUACCUCAAUUAACUUGACAACAAUGCCCCUCAAUGAAAAGCACACUGCAGAAAACAUUGCCUCUUGGAUUGAAGAUGUUGUCAAUAAGUUUGAAAUAAACAUAAAACUAGUACAAGUCAUUGUACAUGACAAUGCUGCAAAUGUUGUUGCAGCUUUAAGAGUUCUUGAGGAAAGACAUGGUGUUUCAUCCCUCAGAUGUGUUGGCCAUACUCUACAGCUUGUAGUUAACCAUGCUCUAAAGGACAACCACAUCAGCAGAGCUUUAGGAGCAGCAAGAAGUUUGGCCGAGCACUUCAGAAAAAGUGAGCUAUCCAGUACAAAGCUAAAGGUUAAGCAAAAACAAAUGGGUUCUCCAGACCACAGCCUCAUACAAGAUGUGUCUGUGAGAUGGAACAGUUCCUUUUACAUGAUUAGUCGCCUGCUUGAGCAGAGGUGGCCAAUAACAGCAACUCUGUCAGAUCCGGAGGUCACUCAAAGAGGGAAGCAUUUUCUGGAUCUUAAGGCUGACCAGUGGAGCUUGCUUGAAGAACUUGAACAAGUUCUGAAACCUUUUGAAUGUGCAACUGUGUACCUGAGUGGAGAAUCUUAUGUAACAGUUUCCGCUGUCCCUCUGCUGGUCAAAGGGCUUCGGAAGGCUACACAAACUGCUUUUGAAAAUGCAUCAAUCAAGUGUUUCCAGGUCACUGCUGCACGUGAGAUAACAUCCAGGUGGGAAGCCGAGACCACAUUCAAAGAUGAUGGACCAAAUGAGUGCAUAUUAGCAGCUGCACUUGACCCACGAUUCAGGAAGCUGAAAUUCCUGACUGCAGAUGAGUGUUUAAAAGUUCAAUACAAGCUGCAUGCAAUAGUUCUGGAGGAGAAAAGAAGGGAAAAGGAGACACACGCUCAACAGGGCACAGCAAUGCAAGUGGAAAGACCAGAUGCUGACAGGCGGCCUGUAUCUUUACUAGACACACUUCUUGGCUCAGAUUCAGAUGAACUUAACAACAAUGAGGAAGACAACAAUGACAGUAAUGAUGCUGAAAUGGUCAGAAACGAGUUAGUGUCUUAUUUUGGAGAAUCCCCCAUUUCCAAGGAUGAAAACACAUUAAAAUGGUGGAAAGAACAUCAGGCAAGGUUUCCAAAUCUGGCAAUGCUGGCUCGGUCUUACCUCUCAGUUCCAGCCACAUCGACCCCUUCUGAGCGCCUAUUUUCAGCUGCUGGGAAUAUUGUAAACAAGAAAAGAACCAGCCUCACCCCAGAGCAUGUAGACAUGCUAACCUUUCUUCAUUACAACUGUUAGUCACUCACUGGAAUGAGUAGAAUUGGUUAUAGUGUACUGUGUUGGACUGGAUGUUUAUUUUGCACAUUUUAAAAGCAAUACUUAAUGUUUACCGUGCUCCAGAAUAUUUAGAUUGGCACAAAUGUUUACAGUGUUACAGAAUGUUUUGCCAUGUUUUCAAUGUUGACUGAGUG